CAAACACUCACGCAACGUGCCAACCCCCCACACCACAACACUUCUCUCGCUCGUGAGCUUGAUGUGGUGGUUCCUGCGUGCCACCAUCACCGUCACCGUCACUCGGAGCUCGAGCUGACCCUUACUUCCCUUCCUCCUAUACACACCGUCACACCUCUCACUGCCAUGGCGUCUGGGUUUGCCGUGUUCCUUGCCUCGGUGGGCGCAGUGGUGUCGUUCUUGAUGCUAUGGGCCACGGGUGCAAACGACGUGGGCAAUGCCUUUGGCACGGGCGUUGGCACGGGCGCAUUCACGUACCGCACCGCCGUCAUCAUCGCCGCCAUCUUUGAGCUUGCGGGCGCCAGCCUCAUCGGCGCAAACGUUGUCGACUUCAUCCAGUCCAAGUUCAUCUCCCUCGAGGACUUUGGCGGUGAUGAAGAGCUCUUUGCCGCAGGCAUGUUCGCCGCCGCCGCAGGCACGUUCAUCUGGGUCCUCACCGCCACCUGCUUUGCCCUGCCCGUCAGCACCACCCACGCCAUCGUCGGCGCUGUCAUUGCCUUCGUCAUCGUGCAAGGAAAGGCCAACAACCUCAGCGGUACCGCGAUCGGAGGUGUUGCUGCCGGGUGGUUCACGUCCCCAAUCCUCGGCGGUAUCAUCUCCGCAGUCAUCUACCUCCUCGUCAAGGUCUUCGUCAUGGAGAAGCCCGCGCACGUGCGUCGCGCCCGCCACGCCCUACCACUGCUGCUGGCCGUGACGCUUGUCACCGACGUUGUGUUCAUCCUGGUCAGCGGGCCCGAGCUGCUUCGCCCGUCCCACCUCAGCCCUCGCGAUGCCUUCCUGCGUGUCUUCUUCCCGGCCAUCGUCAUCACAGCCGCCCUGGCAUACGCCAUCGGCCGCUACCUCCUCGUGCCCUGGGUUGCCCGCAACCUCCACCGCUAUCGCAUCGAGUUCCAGGAAUUGCACACGUACGAGGAGAAACGUGAAGGCAGGGCGCAUACAGACGAAACGGACGACAAUGGUCAAUGUGGGGCCGGUGAGCAACAGCUGCAGGCAAAGAAUCAGGCGCAUGAAGGAGCAGAAGCCAACAGGGACGAGGACGAGGAUGAUGAUGUAGAAGACGACGGUGAGCACGAGUGGCGGUUCCGCGCCGGCAUCACGCCUGAUUCGUCCGACACCCUCAACACAAGCGUGUCCACAGACGCCAUGAGCAACCACCCUCUGCUGGCGGAGUUGCGCACGCCGACCACCGCCAAACUGGAAACAGCGGCAGACACAAUUGCACGGCGCGAGCAGCGCGGCCGCACACGAACGCGUGACAAUGGUGACUACGAUGAAAACGGGUACGGCGCCAGUAACGAAGACAGAGGAGAAGACGGCACAGGUUGCGCUUCUGACAAAGAUCAGAAGCUGAAUGGUGGCAGAGUACAGACACAGGGCGGCCUGACCGUUGAGACCACGCGCAGCAUGUACGAGCAGCGGGCAGCGAGCAGACGGCGCCGACACAGACGUAGCCCUCACGUGCUCUUGCGAAAGCUGCUUGAGGUGAGCGGCGAGAUGGAAGAGGAGGAUGAUGACAGUCAGCACCGAGGAAGAAGCGCGAGCCACAUCAGUAGAGGGAGCGAGAGAAGUGCCAGUGUCAGCAGCAGCAGCAGCAACGACGACGACGACGGCAGCGACAGUGACAAUGGUCGAAAAAGGAGCAGUAGCAGUAGCAGCAGUAGCAGCAGCAGUCCAGGGAGCGAGUCCCGGACUCGAGCAAGAAGCGCAUCAUUCAGCGGCAGGAAGAGCGGCACAUGUGAUGGUGCAGCCAGUCCGCCAUCACCCCUCUCCUACAGCACAAGCAGUCAGCAAAGAAGAAGCAGCGACAGCCGGGACAACAACAAUAGCAGCAGAGGGGUUCCACAAAGCGUGCAUGCAACAGCUGCUGAGCGUGAACCCUUGAUGCCAGUCGACGCAACUGCAGAAGCAGAUACUCGAGGCCGCACCAACACUGUUGCUGGCGGCGACGAUGCCGGUGGUGGUCGUGAUGAGAGCGCAUGUUUGCGUCGCGAAGGUGAACGUCAUAUCCACGUGAGUGCGGGUGCUCGCUCGCCGCCCACACCAGAGGAUAGAGCGCGCGUGGAGAGGGCAACACACGCCGACCACCCCAGGCGCGCAACAACCGUGGUGGAGCGCACGGAACGACGAAUAAGGGGUACCGUGUCCACAUCCAAGCUCAGAGAAACGUCGUUCAGCAAACCAAAGAUCAUGCACAGCGUAACGCCACCGCAGCGCAGACCAGUACCGGCAACAACAACAACCGCAACAGCAGUAGCAAAACCAAAUAGAGCGGCGGUACCAUCUUCUGUCAUGCAACCGACGCCACACGCGACAGGUGUAGCCACAGACAUGAAGGAGGAUGACACGACGUCACCAGCCGUCGCAUCCGUGACAACUGCAACAACGACACCGACAACGGCGUCGGACUGGCCAUCGCGCCUGUUGUGGAAAAGCGUGGGCUCUGAUCGCACCAUCACCCGCACCUCCGACAUUGCCAGCAUGCGGCGGCGAUUGCUUGGCCCCGAGGCCGUUGGUCGCGCUGAUUCCAGGUCGCAACACGCUGCCAUUGGAUUCCCUGCACGCACAGUCUCGCUCGGCGGAGCCACAGCAGAUCCAACGCCACUGCCCAUUGGCAUUCAUCGCCCGCCAUCGGCCCAUGCCUUCGUGGGCGCGGCAUCCGUGUCCGUGUCUGGGCAUGCCGUGUCAACCUCCACGUCGCAGCGCCCGUUUCACCUCCUGAACACCAGCACAGCAAGCAGCGCUGUCGCAGCUGGUGCUGACAAGAAGCGGCAGCGACCCACUGCUGUGCCUCCACGAAUCACACCAACACCAACACCAACACCCCCAACGACGCCGACAGCAGUGACUCUUGACAACACCAGCAUUGGCGAAGUCGGGUCUACCCGCACAACAACGACGUUCGGUGCCCACGCCGCGACGCAACCGAACGCCGACGAAAGAGGUGUGGGCGGCGGUGAAGUGAGCGCGGAGGACGAGGAAGUGCGCAAGCUGACGGCGGUGCUAGAGGCGCGAUGCGAAGAGCAUGCGCAAGCACAGCAGCAGUUUCGGAAGAAGAUGCACUUUAUUGGCGGCAUUGAUCCCAACGCGCGUGUGAUUGAUGUGGCGGUUCAUGACGCGAGCACGACGGGAGAGCGUGAGCGUGGUCGUCGCCGCAGCCGGGGUGACAGAGGGCGACGCUGGAGCCCUGAUGCUUUUGACAUGCGCAGGAGUGUGUCGCCCGUCUCCAUUGACAUGCGCACCCCAAGCCCGGACUUCCACCACCACGUGCGCUUCUACGGCGCGGCAGAGGCGUACUUUGCGCCGCUCACGCUUGUCAGCGCGUGCACCGUUUCCUUCGCACACGGAGGCAACGACGUCGCCAACGCAGUGGGCCCAUAUGGAGUCAUUGCUGAUCUCGUGGCCCCAGACAGCCUGGACACGUCCCUGCCGGUUAUGCUGAACAUUGUGGGUGGCGUUGCAAUUGUCACGGGCCUGCUCAUGUACGGGUACCGGGUCAUGGAGACGGUUGGCUCCAACAUCACAAAGCUGACGCUGUCCAAGGCGUUUGCGGCGCAGUAUGGUGCCAGCGUGAGCAUCCUGUGUGCAACCCUGAUUGGCCUACCCAUAUCCAGCACCGCUGUUCUCAUCGGGUGUGUUGCCGGUGUUGGCUUGGCUGACGGCGACCCCAACGCUGUUGACUGGAAACUUCUGCGAAACGUUGUGCUCACGUGGAUCAUCACUCUCCCCUGCAGUGGCGCCAUCUCUGCACUCGUCUACGUUAUUGUUCGCUCCAUUCGCUAGGAUUGCGUUUGAGAAUAGAUAUGUUUGAUGCAAUGUGUGUCUGUGUUUGUGUCUGUGUGUCUCUGUCUGUGUCCGUGUCUGUUGCUUUUUCC